AUGGCUUCCAACAUGGCAAACCCUGCUAACCAUUUGCCAUACUUCUUUGGCAAUAUUACACGUGAAGAAGCUGAGGAGUAUCUGAUGCAAGGAGGAGUCAGUGAUGGACUAUACUUGCUCCGCCAAAGCCGGAAUUACCUGGGGGGCUUUGCCUUAUCCUUGGCCCAUGGAAGGAAGGUUCAUCAUUAUACAAUUGAGAGGGAGCUGAGUGGCUCAUAUGCUAUUGCAGGAGGCAAGUCGCAUGCCAGUCCUGCUGAACUCAUUAACUAUCACUCAGAGGAAGCGGAUGGCCUUAUCUGUCUACUGAGAAAACCUUUCAACCGACCACCAGGUGUUGAACCCAAAACAGGACCCUUUGAAGAUCUAAAAGAGAACCUCAUCAGAGAGUAUGUCAAACAAACUUGGAAUUUGCAGGGGCAUGCUCUUGAACAAGCUAUCAUUAGUCAAAAGCCUCAGCUGGAGAAGUUGAUUGCCACUACAGCCCAUGAGAAGAUGCCAUGGUUCCAUGGGAGGAUCUCUCGGGAGGAGUCAGAACAUCGUAUCCUCAUUGGGUCAAGAAACAAUGGAAAAUUUCUUAUCCGAGAAAGGGACAGCAAUGGUUCCUAUGCCCUGUGUCUGCUGAAUGAUGGAAAAGUACUGCAUUACCGUAUUGACAGAGAUAAGACAGGAAAGCUCUCUAUACCGGAUGGAAAAAGAUUUGACACCCUCUGGCAGUUAGUUGAGCAUUAUUCAUACAAACCAGAUGGAUUAUUAAGGGUUCUUACCAUUCCCUGUCCACAACUUGGCUCAGAAAAUGAUAAUGUUGUUUUUAACACUCGUCCUCCUCUUCCUGGAACCCCUUCUAAGAGUUGGGCAGGAGGUGGAAUUAUCUCAAGACUCAAAUCGUACACCUUUCCAAAGGCUGGCAGCAAAAAGCUUCAGCCAACUAUCGGCCACCCACCUGAUGAAGCACCUUUUAAUCCUUACGUGCUGCAAAGGAAGAGAGGUCUUACCGGAGCAGAAAAAGGUGAUCAGAGAGAGGCCUUACCCAUGGAUACAGAGGUCUAUGAAAGUCCAUAUGCUGAUCCAGAUGAAAUGAAACCAAAAAAUGUCACUCUUGACAGGAAAUUGUUAACCUUGGAGGAAGGAGAACUUGGUUCUGGCAACUUUGGUACUGUAAAGAAAGGGUUCUAUAAGAUGAAAAAGGGUGCCAAGCCAGUGGCUGUAAAAAUUCUUAAGAAUGAGAGUAAUGAUCCAGCCAUAAAAGAUGAAUUACUGAGAGAAGCAAAUGUAAUGCAGCAACUGGAUAACCCAUAUAUUGUCCGAAUGAUAGGCAUAUGUGAAGCUGAGGCCUGGAUGUUAGUAAUGGAAAUGGCUGAACUUGGGCCAUUGAAUAAAUUUUUGCAAAAAAAUAGACAUGUCACGGAGAAGAAUAUAACAGAGCUGGUACAUCAGGUUUCCAUGGGGAUGAAAUACCUGGAGGAGAAUAACUUUGUUCAUAGGGAUCUGGCUGCAAGGAACGUGCUGUUAGUCACCCAACAUUAUGCCAAAAUUAGUGACUUUGGACUUUCUAAAGCUCUUAGUGCUGAUGAAAAUUAUUAUAAGGCACAAAGUCAUGGAAAAUGGCCAGUCAAGUGGUAUGCUCCAGAAUGCAUGAAUUUCUACAAAUUUUCUAGCAAAAGUGAUGUCUGGAGCUUUGGGGUUUUAAUGUGGGAAGCUUUCUCUUAUGGACAAAAACCAUAUAAGGGAAUGAAAGGUGGUGAAGUUGCACAGAUGAUUGAAAGAGGAGAACGAAUGGAACGUCCUGAAGUCUGUCCAACAGAAGUCUAUGAUCUAAUGAAAUUGUGUUGGACAUACAAUGUUGAUGACCGACCAGGAUUUAUUGCAGUCGAGCUGAGAUUACGUAACUACUAUUACGACAUUUCCCACUAG